AUGCCAACGAACACCCUGAAACAUUAUCUCGAGUUGUUGUUGCUGCAACAGAAAAGUCAAUUCAAUUCAACUCAGGGAUCUAUUCCUGCCUCUUCCACUCAUUUUCAACAUGAUGACAAAGAAAUUGAUCAAGCAGCAGCCAUGGUGGGUUCCAUUAUUCAUAAACAUCAACAGAGAAGACAUCUUUCAUCAUCCUUUUUUGAAAAUAAUAAUGCAAAGAACGACCCAUCGACCAACCAAAACGAAAAGCGAACGGUCAUCAAAGAGGGAAAUGUUGUUCAAUGUUCAAUGAAUGGAAACAUGUCAUGCGAUGGCAUUAGCCCUCCAUCCUCGUCACCCUGCAUGGGAGUGGUGGCGAACGAUGCACGACAUUAUCCAGCAAAUGUCAACAACCAAACUUCUUCUUUUCCUUUCCUCUCGAAUCCUCAAAACGCUCAAAUAACACAACAAAAAACCUCCCUCAUGCGGUAUUAUUUGAAGGAAUGGAUGAGCAAAGAAGAAGAACAGAAUAGCCUUGUUGUUGCUUCUUCUUCAGACCAUGCAACGACCACCAUACUCGUUUCUGAGUUGUGCUUGGACAUUCACCAACUUUGGAAAUUUUAUAUGCCAAUUUAG